AUGACAGCGAAAAUAUUCCAUGAGCUUUGCGAAAGAAGAGAGGACUUCAACAAUUUCUUUGGUGUCGCUCUCACUUAUCAAAAACAUAACAAUGGAUUUGCGGUUGAAGCCGUGCCAGUGCGUGGCCAGGCGACAGAGGAAAGUGUUGCAAAAGCAACUUCUUUUCUCGGCGCAUUUGCUAUGUACAACAGCGACAACGAAUGCGAUGUGAUUCCGUUUCCCUCAGUUUUGAAACCGCUUUUCAAAGAUUGCCUCGGUGGCCAUCUGCGAAAUAUCAUAGAAAUGGAGAACAAUGUCCGUCUCGAUCAGUUAGACUCUUCUUCUCACGAUAUCGCUAUUUUCGGGGACGCUGAUGGUCGACUGGAAGUGUUAUCCCAGCUGCUUGAAUUCAGUGAAGUCAUCAAUGGGAAAGCAGCGCCUCCUAACGAGCCCACUGAUCACCACGUCCAAGAACAGCUUGAGAUGAUUUUUCGGGAAGUAAAAGAGCCGGAUAGCAACAAACGACAGAUUUACGCACUUCCCUUUGGCGCGAAACGAUUUCUAUCGAGAUAUCUAAAUUCAAAAAACAUAAAUUUCAAAAGAAUUCGCGAUGAAAAUUCACAAGUUCGCGCAGCUCCAGUUCCUUCAGCCACGCCACCUAGAAUCAGAAACGCAUUUUUGUCUAAUUUCAAUCAAGAAGCAGCAAUGCGCGCAUCACAGCGAGCUCCGACACCACCGGAAAUAGUCAAUCUCCUCGAUGAUUCCGAAGUUAGCCACCCCAGAGCACCUCCUGCUGAAGUCAACCCUGAUCAAAUGGGAGAGCGAAUUUUUAAUGAACUACAGGAAAUCAAUCCCGACUGGGAUUUGGAAGGAGCUCAAAUGGAAUGGCUCGUUUACGUAGAAGACUGCAAGGAACAAAAUCGACCUGUAAAUUACAGGGAAGCGAUGGAAAGAAUCAAGAAAGUUGCAGCUCCACCAGCCGAGCCUGCUUUCGACACGUCAAUUAACCAGGCAAUUGGCCAACAAAUCAUCAGAGAGAUUGAACAGCGACAUAAGAACUGGAACAUCGAAAAGGCCCAACUUGAGAUGUUGAAAAUCAUAGAAGAGUGCAACGAGAAAUCGAUGAGGGUUGAUGUCAAUGAAGCUCUUCGAAGAAUUGAAUUGGAGGCAAGCUUUGAUUUGGAAGAUUUGACGAUUGAAGAGGAUGAUGAGCCGAUGGAGAAGCUUGGAAUUGAAGAUGAUGUCAUCCAAGCUUGGUUUACUGAAAAUUAUGAAGACUCGAAGGCAUAUAAUAUGAGCAUUUACAAAAGCGAUCUCUUCAAAGAUUUCACAUCGCAUUUCGAGCUCUACUACUCCGGCGAAAACCACACUCGCCACUACCUCUCCUUCAUUGAAGUCAUUCACAAUUUUCUGAGCAAGAACAAGGCUCAAUUCCCUAAUGUGAAAACGAAGGGAAAUACAGGCGUCAAUGCCAAGAAGAGAUUUCAGUACCUACGAAGAAAAGGAACCGACAACGCGCUGCCAGUCGAAAUUCCAAGUCCUCGGACACAAGAAGACAGUAUUCCAGCUCCAAUUUUAGUCGAGCAGAGCUUCCGAUCUGUUCAAAAAGCGAAGAAAAACGAAGGUGAUACCGACAGAUACACACUGAAGUGCCCCUGGAAUCCGCAAUACAGCAAUCUUUAUCCAGGAGGAGAAGAAGGCGAUCCAAGCUGUCGCCGGAUCGUUAUUGAUGGAUCCAAUAUCGCCCGAAGCCACGGGAAAGUUGGCGAAAUUAAACGACAGCACAAGGCAGAGAUGUUUUCGAUCAUCGGAAUCAAGAUAACUGUCGAGCACUUUUGGAGUCUUGGCUGUCGCUCCGUUACUGUAUUUCUCCCGCAUAGUCGACAGGGAAAUAAAGGAAGCCCGAAGAUUCCAGAGAAGGAAAGAAAACUGCAGGAAGAGAUGGAAAAGGAAGACAUCAUCAAAUACACGCCGGGAAGAUACCACAAGGGUACCAAGAAAUUCAUCCAGGCUUAUGAUGAUAGAUAUAUUUUGGAUAUGGCAAAGGCGGAAGAUGGAAUCGUAGUCUCAAAUGACCAGUAUCGAGAUUUGUACGAUGAGUUCAUGGACGUCAUCAAUUGGAGACUAUUACCGUUCGUUAUGACAGCAGACAGAAUCAUGAUUCAUGCGCAAGAUCUUCCCUUCUCGGCGGAAAAACCACGCGUUACUCUCGAGCAGUUCAUCCGAAAAAAUAACUGA